UCUCGGGCUGCGAGAUUCUCUUCGUUUCUUCUUACCUUGCGACAGUCUCCAGUCACGAUGAGCUUCGGCUGGAGUGUUGGCGAUGUUGUCAAAAUUGUGGAGCUAGCGAGAGAAGUCCGCAAGAGAUUUGUGGACGCACCCGGUCAAUACAAAGCUAUUGGCAACGACGUCAAGAAUCUUUCCCGUAUCAUUGAAGAGAUUGACGAUAUACUUCCGCAUCGGAGUCUGUCGGCGCAGCAAGAGAAGCAUCUUCGUGAGAGACAGCAAGUUUGCGAAGAUAUUUUAGGAGAGUUGCGAAUUAUAUUGAAUCAAAGCGCUUCCCUGGAAGGCUCUGACACUCGUCCAAAAGAUGGAAAGCUACGCGUGGUGUGGAAACGACUCCGUUGGAACCAGACGGAAAUCGAAAACCUACGCAAUCGACUUCAUUUCGGUAUAGAUGGCCUGAACCUUUUCAUGCAAAACGUCACGAGCGAAAAGAUCUUCGAGAUUGGGGACCACAUUAGCGAAAUCCACCGAAAAGAGCAGACUUUAGUAAAAGAGCAGAUGCGCCUAAGUGUCCUUGAGUCACUCUCCACAUUCGACCACGUCUCAACACAGCAGGAUGUAUCCAAGAAGCGGUAUCCGCAGACUGGCGAAUGGAUACUGGAAUCGAACGAUUUUGUGGACUUCAAGGCAGGCAAGAUGAAUACAUUGCUCUGCCAUGGAAUGCCAGGUGCUGGGAAAACAAUUAUAACUUCAAUUGUUGUUGAUCAUUUUAUUCAUAAAUGUAAGAAAGAUCAAUCUGUCGGCACUUGUUACUUCUACUUCCGAUACGAUUCAACCAAGGAACAAACCAUGGAGAUGGUGCUCGGCAGCCUUACGCGGCAAUUACUCGAAUGGCAAACCGAGAUACCAGACGACUUUAUAUCAUCCAUCGGAAGUCAAGCACAAGAUCCAAUUGCACCAUUUGGAAAAGAGGUGCAGUCUUUCCUCUUUGCGACGAAUACAUACUCAAAGGUAUUUGUUGUUCUCGACGCAUUAGACGAGUAUUAUGCGGGAGAUUCCAAUCGUGCUUUGAAAUUUCUAGGCUGGCUAACAGAAGUACAACGAAGAGCACCAAUACAGCUUUUUGUAACAACACGGGCGAACUCCGAGGUUAUUGCUCUACUUACUCCUUGCUUGCGAACCGAAAUCCGUGCACGCGACGAUGACGUUACCAUUUACAUCAACAGUAGGAUGUCGGAACUGCGAAAAAUCAGAGAUAAACCUGAUCUGCAAGCCGAAGUCGUACGGAAGGUAGUGCAGGUCACAGGCGGGAUGUUUCUCUUAGCUCGCUUGCAUAUGGACGCCCUCAGAGAACCUGUAACAUUGGGAAGUUUCAAAAAACGCUUGGCCAACCUACCCAAUGGCGCAAAGGGUCUUAAUGCUACCUAUGACGAAGCCAUGAGGAGAAUCGAUGCACAGGGGGACGAAAAACGACAUCUAGCCCGCCGAGUGCUCUCGUGGAUCGUAUACACUGAAUGGGUGCUCACCAUCAAUGAAUUGCUUGAUGUCAUUGCCAUUGCGUAUGACACAGACGCAUCGGAGUUUGACAAAGACAUGCGACCGGAUGUGGAAGAUAUCGAUUCGCUAUGCGCCGGACUUGUCACCGUGGACACAAACGCGAAGUACAUGCGACUUGUGCAUGAAACCACGCUGGAGUAUUUUACUAGUGUCAAUCCUAUCCCAGGAGCGCACAGUGAAAUCAUGAGAGUCUGCUUUUGCAUAUUAUCGUAUCCAAUAUCGCUUGAUGAUUACAGCGAUCGAUUUUGUACCAGAGCUAACGUAGACGACGAUGGUUUGUCCCCUUCGUUGUUCUCAUACGCAGGGCGUUUCUGGUAUACUCAUGCGCUAAAGGCUGGUGAUGUGUGGGACGAAGUGUUCCGUUUUCUACUCAACCCUGUGUCUGUCUCUAUUUGUAUGAGAAAGAAUCGCUUUUCGCCGUGGUCCACCACUUCGAGUGGUCUAGGGGUUCAUCUGACCGCAUAUCUCGGCCUUGACAAGCUGUUCGCACGCUUGCUGGAAAGCGGGCAGGCCUUUGAUGCAAGAGACGCUGAUGGCAGGACACCUCUCACAUACGCAUGCAUGUCCGGUUCGAUAUCAAUUGUACAGCCGUUGCUCGAUCAACACAUUUUGCCGACUUUAAGAGAAUCGCGGGCCUUUCAUGAACAACCUCCAGUCUCCGUGAGUAGACAUACAGAGAAAGAUAUUCUAUCAAACGUAUAUCAGGCUUUGAUAGAAGCUGCAUUGGAAGGACAUCUACCUGUAGUGAUGUCGUUAGCAGGGGUUGAGGGGUUCGAGGACUUUGUUCGGCAUGGGGAGUACAACCAGCUCGGUAACACUGACUUCUCGAUUGGUAAAUCGUACCAACAGGACCUGAUAUGCUGCGCAGCUAGCGGAGAUCACGUCGACACAGUAGAUUUCUUCCUAGGUGUUUGGGGCUCAUGGUAUGACAGCGCAUUUCCGAACUGGAUCAAGUCGACUAUUGUCCUCGCCAUUUCCUUGGGGAGUGUCGAGAGUUUGAAGUUGCUGAUCGAGCGAACAAUGCAGUAUCCCAGUAUCCAAGAGGCAUUACAUGAGUUGUCUGAAAAGACAGAGAAACUGAGUACAACGUUGCAGUUGAUUCAGUACAACGAGUUCGCCAUGUUAGAGAUCUUAUCUCAUUGCUUUAUGGAGAUCGAGGGUUGGACAACAUCGCAAUCCGGAAUUGCCUUCUUCAACAGGGUGGUAGACACCGGUCACCUCGCGCUCGUCCAGCAGUUCAUCAGACAUAGCCACACUAUACCAAAGAUCAAGCCGUCUUCCCGCAAGUUCUUCGAUGCCAUACUGCAGGUCAAAGCGAGCGAGGAUGGGAAAGAGCUUCUGGAUUCGUUGUUUUCCACAUUGGACAUUGAUCCGCAUGCUGUACUACCUCAACAGAGAGAGAGCGUCACACUUUUGGAAGCAGCGAUUCUCGAAGGCAACUCGGCCCUAUUUCAGAAAAUAGCAGCUGUUUCUGAUCUCGGUAUCAGUGGGGUGGACAACUGGAAGAUGCUAACCGCCGCGAUGAGAGCUGGAGACAAAUUCGACAAGGAGUUCACCAGCCAUCUACCCCCUACCCACAUCAAGGAGCCCGGCGUUCAGAUGGUAGCCGACAUUCUCAGCGAACAUUAUGGCGUCUCAUUACUUUCGCGCAACGAAUACGGCGCCACACCGCUCAUGUGGGCAGUCUCAGAAGGCCUCAACUACGUCGGAUUCCUCCAUAAGCAGCGCAGAGUCAACAUCAACGCGCGCGACGCAAAAGGCCGCACAGCCCUCAUGUACGCCUCGCACGUCUACACCAAGCUCUUCCCGACCUUGUAUACCACCUUCUCCAUAACCACCACGCCGCUCUUCUCCCUCCUAGACCUUCCCUCCAUCGAUGCAACCACGACAGACAACGAAGGCCGCACCGCGCUGUGGUGGGCCAUUUCCGGUCUCGAGUACGUGGUCAAAUCACGCGUCUGGGACCUCAAGCGCGACCUCAUGGCGCAGGAAGAAGCCAUCGCUUUGCUCCUCGAUAAAGCGUCCCUCACGCCCGACCCCAGGGCCGUCGAGCUCGCGCGCGACAAGUACAGAGAGUAUAGCGGCGCGUUGAAUCGUAUGGUCAAGCUGUCUGAGAUUCAUAGGCUGUACGUCGUGGAUUCGUAUCAGAGGGUUAGGGAGGCGCUGGUGAGGAGGAGCGCGGUAAAGUUGGGGGGGUUGCCGCCGGUGCCGGGGAAGUCGUUGGGAAAGGUGGCUUCUGUGGUUGAGGGUGGGGGGAAUGAUGAGCAGCAGCAGCAGGAGGAGGAUGGAUCUGGGGUCGAGACGCCCAAGGCCGAGUCUUUUCGCUUUUGA